GACUCUAUUUAAGUAGUACAAUAAUAAUAAUACUAUUAGUAGUCUUCAUUCGAUGAACAAUAUUGGUCCAAUCCAAACAGGAGGAGGAACAUUAGGGUAUACACAAAAUUAUUUGACUUAACAUGCAAUAAUAACGAAACAACAGCUAUGUCACGUAGAUAUUCCAUGAGACAUACGUGACCAGCACCACCUAACGGGGCUCUAAUAAUCAAACAAAUGAUGGAACCUUGUGAGGCCUAUAUCUAAUUUCUCCUUCCCCUUUGGAUGCAAAUCAUUUAUUGCACCUUCCAAGUGUUGAAAAUGAGGCUUCUUACCCACUUGGUUUCUUGUCUUUUGACACAGAAAAAAAAAUACCAUAGAAUAAAAAUAAAAAUAUAUACUUAUAUGCCUUAUUUCCCUCUCUCGUGUUUAACGCUAAAAAAACUAGCCUAACCCCUUCUUAAGCAACCCCCCCUUUUUUUGUCACUUCCUCUUGUUGGUUUAAAGGACGAUUAACACAAUAAACCUUUACAGCAAUAUCACAUCAACUUGUCAUCUUAUAAUUGAAUUGUGUAUGUAACAAAAAAAAUAAAAUUCAGAAGAGGGUACCUUCCUUUCCUUUCUUGUCAUGGAGGUGGAGAAUGAUCAGAAGCCAAGAAGAUAUCAUCAAAGGCUACGCAAUUGGUUCAAUAGCAAGCAAAAGGAAGAUAGGCCAUCAUCAUUCAGUUUGAAUGAAAUACAAGAUGGAGUAGAAGAUGAAAGUGAUGAUUAUGAGGGCAAUCUCUCCCUGCGCUCAUUGGAAUUAGAUCCAUGCAUUUCAACAAAUAAACUAAGGGUCUUUGUUGGUACUUGGAAUGUUGCUGGAAGAUCUCCUGUAGGAAGUUUGGCUGUUGACUUGGAUGAGUGGUUGAAUCUCAAGAAUGCUGCAGAUAUAUAUGUUCUUGGGUUUCAAGAGAUUGUACCUUUGAAGACCUUAACUGUGAUAGGAGCAGAGGAUCCAGCUGUGGCAACUAGCUGGAACCAGCUAAUAGGAAAAACACUGAAUGCCAAGUUUGGAUGCCCUUGGAUGACACCAAUGCAGAAUUCUUCAUCAUGUGAUGAUGAUGACAAUAAUUAUCAGUAUGUGGAGAAUCCAAACACAAAAGGUGGCAACAACAACAACAGAAAUAAUGAUAAGUACACACUGGUGGCCAGCAAGAAGAUGGUUGGAGUGUUCAUAAGUGUGUGGAUGAGGGAAGAGGUGUUGAGGAAUCAUAGUGUCUCAAAUGUGAGAGUGUGCUCAGUGGCAUGUGGGGUGAUGGGGUAUUUGGGAAACAAAGGAUCAGUGGCAGUUAGCAUGUCAAUUGAAGGGACAAGUUUUUGUUUUGUAGCAGCACACUUAGCAUCUGGGGAGAAGAAGGGUGAUGAAGGGAGAAGGAACCAUCAGGUAGCAGAGAUUUUUAGGAGAACAUCUUUUUCUAGGACCACAAAAGACCAUAAUCAUUUUCCUCUAACCAUCUUAGGCCACGACCGUAUAUUCUGGUUCGGGGAUCUCAACUAUAGGCUAUACUUGGAGGACAAUUUUGCCAGACAUUUGAUAAGAAAGCAAGAUUGGAAGGCUUUGCAAGAGUUUGACCAGCUCCAGAAAGAACUAGAAGAAGGUGGAGUAUUCGAGGGUUGGAAAGAGGGUGACAUAGAAUUCGCUCCAACAUAUAAAUACUCAUCCUCCACUACCAAUAGAUACUGUGGUAGCCUCCCUAGUAGAUCCGGAGAAAAACAAAGAACUCCAGCAUGGUGUGAUAGAAUUCUAUGGUAUGGUAAAGGAGUGGAGCAACUUCACUAUUUUCGGAGUGAAAGCAAGUUCUCUGAUCAUCGUCCUGUUUCAGCACUUUUCUCUACACAAAUUGAAAUUAAAUCAUCUAAUAGAGGACUGAUGGAGUUACAUAAUAUCCCCCCAACAAUGUUGAAUCCCAAGAAUGGGAUGAACAGAGGAGAUGAAGACGGAAAAUCUUCCUUAUUAUCAUUGUUAACGAAGAAUUUACAAGGCUUCUAACACUAGCAAAUAAAACUUUAGAUUAAAGGGGUGACACAAAUUUUCAGUCAGGUCACGGUCAUCACAAAAAUGACACAUAAUUGCUUUUCCUAAAACCCAACAUUUUUUUGGAUAGCAGGAUUUGGAAGGUUAUUGUUAGAUGGCAAGCCAUGGUAAAUACAAUUGGUGUUGAUAAUCAAGGUGGAUGUUAGGUCUAUUGUGGAAAGGUCUAAGUCCAAUUAAGAAAAAAUUACAAUAUAAAUUUUGUGAAUUAUACAAAUAUCAUUGAUCAGAAACUAGUGGAAUCUAACAAAACUAAUAUAAAAAAGAAUAUUUGGUUCAUUGCGUUUCCAAACUUUUCUCAUUUUCUAUUCCUAUGCAAAAUUGUCCUGAUUCAUCAUUGCAAUAAUACAAGGCCUUUUCGAAUUUAGACCAUGCAACACGAACAAAGCAGGUCUCAUUGCAACGCGAUAACAAAAUUUCAGGGUUGGUUUGUUUUAAAUUGGGUAGAAUUAACUAUGAUAGAAAUAAUUUUAAAAUAAUCGAGAUUUGUAUCUAAACUCAUUAUAAAUUUUACAUUGUAAUUGAAACCUGUGACAUGUAAGAGGAAUUGAUUCUGGUUGUAAAACAAACAAGCCCUUGAAUUAGACAAAUUAUUGUAUGGUCUGAUAUUAUUAUGUGUC